UGUGAUUCCAUGGCUUUCUGCCAAGCUCAGAGCCAUGGAGUCGGUGGAUGAGGUUUGCUUAAGAUUCAGAGAUGGAUGAUGAAGGCGCUUUGCUGCUUGGGAUCGACCUCAACUCCUUGGACGUCGACUCACUGCUUGGACCGCUGGCAACCAGGGGAUCCAAAGCUUCCGGCCUCUUCCGGCAAAGACCACCACGUGUGGGAGUCGAAGGUACAAGGGCGGAUGAAGUGAUCUCUGCGCAGAAGAAAGCGUUGGAGCAGCCUGCUCCCACCCAGCUGGCGAAAGCCAAGGCUGCUCACUGCCUCGCUCAUGGGCCUGCCCUGGUGGGCGGUAAAUGCGGCGAGCGCCUCUACUUCACCGUGACCACGGUCUCUGAGGACGGCCAGGUGAUGAAGGAGGGUGGCGCGACAGUCACGUGCAUGGUGACUGGAAUCAGCCUGAUGUCGAAGACACAGCCCGAGCCACGCCCAUUUGUGGAAGAUCGGCAGGAUGGCACCUACCACGUCCAGUUUGUUUGCGCCACGCCGGGCAGCUACGAAAUCAACGCAUAUGUCGAUGGCAACAAGCUGCCGAUGUGUCCUGUCAUGAUUCACGUCUCGCCCGGACCACCAAGUGCCACUACCACCCAGGUUCGCGGAGACGGAGUGCAGCGCUGCACUCUGGGAGGCUCUGCGGAGUUCAACAUCCAGGCAAUGGAUGAAUUCGGCAACCUUUGUGGAGAGGGAGGAGCCCGCUUUGGAGUCCGCGCUAGCGCCCACGUGCGUCUGCACGAGGUCAGCGACAACGAGGAUGGCACCUACACCGUCACAUACUCAGUGCCAGAGUGGGCUCAUGGACCUGCAAAGCUGGAGGUGCUGCUUGAUGGGCAUCCUAUCCGCGGGUCGCCGCUGACCCCGCGCGUCAUAGGCUACAACCCUGAGAAGCUCAACGAAGCCAAGGCCAAGGGCAAGGGUCCUGGCCAGAUCCAGAAAGGAGCUGGCGGCAGCUUGACGGACCAACUUCCGUCACUGCGGUGGCUCAGGGAGAACCCCCCGUUGCCCGUUCCAGACAUGCCCCCUCCAGAGGUCACCUCCAUGGCAGUCACUGGAGGUCUGCGCGUCCCAGAUCAAUUUGGGCAUCCAACACCGGAGGCCUCAGCCUCCAGGAUCGCUUGGUCCGCCGCUGAUGAGUGGCGAAGACUGGCGGAAGUGCGCAGCGAACUGGAGAGGUGUCGCGAUCAGCUGGUGGAGCAUCAGGCUGUCCUCUUGCAUGUGGGUGACGCGAUUCACUCUGAAGUUGAUAGGUUGCAGGAGUGGGAAAGGGGCAUUCGCGUCCGAGAAGAUGAACUAGGUGAUGUCGAGAAGCAGCUGGAAGGCAUGCGAUCUGAGAUUCAGAAGCAGUACUUGACGCAGAAGCGAAUCCUUGAAACGAUGGGUGGCAAGGAUGAAGCACGAAGGUCACCUUCGCCAGUGUCCUCCCCGCCCUCGCGUACCCGUCCGGCCAUCGAUGCGCCCGCUGCCGGAACCGGUGCUUCAGAAGGGGCCACACCCCACACAUGGCCUGAGAAGGCGAGUGCUGCCAGAGUUGCAAGAGCCCCCAAGGCCAAUGCAGAAGAGGAGCUUAUGGCCCUACAGCGGGGCAUUGAGCAGAAGAAGCGCCAGCUUCGAGUGUUGGAGGAGGAGGCUGGGAAUGCUGCCCGGCCCUUGUUCUCCCCCAGCGAUGGCGGCAGUCCUGGAAUUCUGAAGUCCAGUACUCCACGGGAACGGCCGCUGCAUCCAAUGCUGGAGUCGCGGAUGCUGUCAGAGCUGGCACCGCCACCGACCCCCCCACCCCUGGACGCGGCUCCGCCGCCUGACUUUGGUCAUGCUGGGCGGCCGCGUGCUGGCCGCAGUGCAAGGCCAAUGGCCGAUGGAGUACCGCCGCCAAGCGUUGAGGCAACGUUUAGCCUGACCGAGCCUGCCCUGGACCUUUCGGUGGGACGCAGCCCCGGGGUUGGCUUGUUGCGAGCGCCACCGCCACCACCAGCGCCACCACCCAGCAUUCAAACUGGAGGCUUGUCUUUAUCCAGAGGAGCAUCCCCAACUUCAGCCAGUGAGACCCGAUCCCCUCAAAGUUCCUACGUGGGCGCCUCUGGAACAGCAUCGCCUGAAGAGCUUGGGCAGGCAAUGAAGCAGCUCUUCCACGCAUUUGCUAGCCGGGCCGCUGGAUCUGUGGCCAAGCCGGGCGGUGGCCGCUCAGGGCGGGUGGCGCUGGGCCUGCAGGACUACUUGCGCCUGGCGCAAGCUUCUCAACUGCGGCUGUCGCCUCCUGAACUGGAGGCGGUCUUUCACGAGACCACUGAGCGCUUCGGCAGUCCCGCGGACUCGGGUGAGCCAGCCUUGGCCUUCGAACUUUUUGUGGAGCUGCUGGUGGAGACUGCUCGGAGGCAGUUUGCUGACCUCAAGGACGCAGAGUCUGCCGCUGCUUUGUUUGAGGUUCAUUUGCUGCCUCUGGCACGCAGGUUGCGUCGUGCUGAGGGAGCCUCUGCAAACGCACAGGUUCCUGCUGGAAUGCAAUGAUGCUCCAGGC